AUGUCUCUGGUCUCGUUCCUCACCUCGCACCACGCCGGCGAGCUGGUGUUCGACAAACUCGAGCUGCACGAAAUCGAUGAACACACCACGGUCCAGCAGGCCCUGAAGAUCUUGAAGGAGAAGAACAUCAGGGCACUUCCGGUCACGCGCACGGAGGGUGGAAAGAAGAGCUACACGGGAAUCAUCUCCUCGUUCGACCUCAUGGCCUUCAUCGGCUUCGCCUCCUACUUCAGCGACCUGGUGGAGGCGAAGACGGAAGAAGAGAAGGCGAAGGCGUUCGGCGAACUGCAGAUCGCUACGACGAUCGUGAAGGACCUGGUGGGCCAGGUCUCGGCUGAGGGCCGCACCGUGUGGACCUUCGCCCCGACGCAGAGCCUUCUCCCCGUCUUCGACUACUUUUCCAAGGGCGUGCAUCGCGCGCUGGUGGAGCAGAAGGACGAUCACACGGGCGCGCUGAGUUUCAGGCUCCUGUCGCAGACGGAUGUGAUCUCCUUCCUCGGCGCCCACAUGGGCAACCCGUCCCUUGCGCGGAUCUUCAGCAAGCCAAUUGAGGAGCUGAACCUGUGUAAUCCUCUGGGCCGUGGCUCGCGCGAGCCGGAGCUCGUCACCAUCUCCACCAAGGAGACGGCGUUGGAAGGUUUCCGGGUGAUGCACGUGAAGGACAUCCAGGCCGUGCCUGUGGUCGACGACCAGGGCGUGAUCGUCUCCACCCUCUCGACGUCCGACACCAAGGGCCUCGAUGCGAACAACAUCACCAAGUGCCUCCUGCCCGUCAUCGACUUCUUGAAGGAGAUGCACGGCGGGCGGCUCAUCCACCCGAUCACAUGCACGCCGAAGGAUACUCUUGGCGAGGUGGUCCUCAAGAUGAAGGUCGCCACCAUCCACAGACAUCAGAGGGGAAAGGGUAAGACUGACACUGAGUGGUGA